AUGAUUGUCUUCCUUUUUGUUCCCCCUAUAGCAAUACAAGUACAGCAGAGGUUGGCUGGUUGUCAGCUACAUAACAAUGGGACCCCUGGUGUAUUUAAAACCUUUGAUGCAUUCAACGGGGAAGACAACGGAUGGCUUCAUUUCAGUGUGCAGCAGGAAGAAGUUCAGUUUGAGGGUAUAUGGUCAUCACCGUUUGACCAUAUAGAAAGAAUACAACUACAGUGGAUGCAUACAAAUAUAUACAGCCCCAUGUGCAUCAAAACACUGAAAAAUAACCUCCAUGCACGACAAAAUGAUGUGAGAAGAAGAGUGAAGCCCAGAGUUCGGCUCCUCCGGCAGAGAAUUCCAGACUCUGGAGGGGUCAGAGUGACCUGCCUGGCCACUGGCUUCUACCCCCGUCACAUCAACCUGACCCUGCUCAGAGACGGCCAGCCUGUGCCUGACCACCAGAUCACUGGGGGGGAGCUGCUACCUAAUGGAGAUGAGACGUACCAGAUGAGGAAGAGCCUGGAGGUCAGCACAGAGGAGCUACAGCAGCAUCACUACACCUGCACAGCUCAACACCUCAGCCUGGACAACAAACUGGAUUUUGGAUUAGGUACUUGUAUGUCUGUUGACAAAAAUGUGCAAGAAUAG